AUGGUAGGAAUAAUUCAUAGUGGUGAGAAGCCCUAUGAAGAUGAAGAAUGUGGGAAGGGCUUUAGUUGUGCCUCAAACCUUACUCAACACGGAAGAGUUCAUAUUGGUGAGAAAUCCUGUGUAUGUAAGGAAUGUGGUAAGGCCUUUAGUGAUGCUCCAAUUCUUAGAUUACAUCAUAGAAUUCAUAGUGGUGCGAAACCUUUUGAAUGUGACAAAUGUGGGAAAUCUAAGUACAUUUCAAACCUUAAAGCACACCUGAGAAUUCAUACUGGUGAGCAACCCUAUGAAUGUAAGGAAUGUGGGAAGGCCUUUAGUGUAUAUGGACUUACUCAGCAUCAUAGUAUUUGUACUGAUGAGAAACCCUAUGAACGUAACACGUGUGGGAAUUUCUUUAGUGCAAGUUCAACCCUUAAAAUACAUCAGAGGAUUCAUACUGGUGAGAAACCCUAUGACCAUAAGAAAUGUGGGAAGGUCUUUAGAAGGUGUGAAGGACUUAUUCGACAUAGUGUUCAUACUGGUGAGAAACCCUAUAAAUGUAACAAGUGUGGGAAGUCAUUUAGUGCCAGUUCAACCCUUAAAGUACCUCAGAGGAUUCAUACUUGUGAGAAACCUUAUGAAUGUAAGGAAUGUGGGAAGGCCUUUCACACUGCCUCAUACCUUGUUAUAUAUGAGAGAAUUCAUACUGGUGAAAAAACUUUUAUGUGUCAGGAGUGUUAGAAAGCUUUUCGUUACAGCUAUCAACUUACUAUACAUUAUGGAGUUCAUAGUGGUGAGAAAUCUUAUGAAUGUAAGGAAUGUGGGAAGACCUUUGGUCUGUGUGGAAGGCUCACCAGGCAUCAAACUACUCAUAGUUGUAAGAAACGCUUUGAAUGUAACAAAUGCGGGAAGGCUUUUACAUGCAUUGCAAGCCUUAAAAAACAUCAGAGUAUUCACACUGGUGAGAAACACUAUGAAUGUAAGGAAUGUGGGAAAAGCUUUCAUCUAGCCUCAACCCUUGUAACACAUGACAGAAUUCAUACUGGUAAAAAGUCUUAUCAGCGUAAAGAACGUGGAGAGGCUUUUGGUGAACAUCUUGUGAAUCAUGAGAGAAUUCAUACUGGUGAUAAACCCUACGAAAUAAAGAAAUGUUGGAAAGCCUUUCAUUGUGCUUCAUAUCUUCUUACACAUGAGAAGAUUCAUACUGGUGAGAAACCCUAUGUAUGUCAAGAGUGUGGGCAAGUUUUUAGUAAUAGCCGUCAACUUACUGUACAUAAUAGACUUCAUACUGGUGUGAAACCCUUUCAAUGUAACAUAUGCAAAAUGUCCUUCAGGCUUAGUUCAAUCCUUGAAGUACAUCAGAGAAUUCAUAGUGGAUAG